GAGAGUCAGUGGUUGGACAGCGUAUCUCUGCUGAUAAAGGACUCAUUUGAAGGAGAGAUGCUGAUGAUUGACAACCUCUCUGGAUCUGUCUUCCAUCACUACUCCUCUACCUCUUCUCCUGUCUGGAAGGACUACAAGGGAAAUCUGCAAGAGAUCCAAUUGGCUGAGGUGGAGCAGGCGUCUCUGAUGUCAGAGCAGUUGUCUGACAAGUCGUCAUCACUGGCCCUUCCUGAUGAUCUUAGUCUGGACGACCACAGUGACUACCAGCUCCUGGUCAGGGACGGCAAGGAGGAGAGAGGGAGCAGUGACUCCCACAGUUCUGAGGAACUGAGGGGGAUUCAGGCUGGGUGUGGAGGGCGCUGGGGGCACGGAGGUUCUCGACCCCACAGCAGAGGCCCUGAAGAUGGGGUAGGGUUCCUGCUAGAGGUGGGUGCCCAGCCCCAGUUCCAGAGCCAGUCUCUCCAGUACCUCCACCACAACAGAGAUAAUAACUGUACAUCAACAGAUGGUGAUGGCCAUCACAGUGACCAGGUUGGCAGUGUCGGAUGUAGAGGUUCCUCCUCUCCUCUCUUCCAUCUCCCUGUGGAGUUCUUUCACCCCACCACAGCCACAGCGGUCCCCCCACCCAUCCACAGGAUGGGGGUAGACCCAGGGGGGAGAGAGGCAUCCAGGCUGCCAUCCCCAGCCUCCUGGUCCUCUCUGCGCUCCCCAGGGGCCAACAGCAGUGUCCUAGACUCCCCAGGGGCCAACAGCAGAGUCCUAGACUCCCAAGGGGCCAAAAGCAGGGUCCUAGACUCCUCAGGGGCCAACAGUAGGGUCCUAGUUUCCCAGCACCCGUCCCACAGUGACUCGUCCCUGGCCACAGGCAGCUCCGAGGGAAGCCUCCAGACCACCCUGGAGGAAGGUCUCAGCUUUAGCGUCUCCCCCCCUCGAGUCUCCCUGGCCCUGCCUCUCCUCUGCCCUCUCCCCCUCCCUCACCUUGAAGAAACACGACAAACCCCCAGAUCACUGGGUCACCCCUCAAUGAGAGGCCGCAGUACAAUAUUCAACCUCCAAGCAACUAGAGGGCACCAGAGGAGCCAGAGCAGCUGUGGCAGCAGCACCAGUCCAGGCUGCCCAAGGCAAGACUCUAUGGACCCUUCAGAUGACGAUUGUGGGAUAGGGAUGGGAGGCGAAGGAUCCAGUCAGGCUUUUAACAGCGAACGUUUAUCAGAGACACUUAGUAGUUUGUCUCUGACGUCACUGCUGUCACCUAGCUCCCUGGCACCCCCUCUGGUGAAAAAAUGUAAUAGCACUGGGAGUUUGGACCAGGCAAAUCUUUCUGUCAGGAGUAAAGAUGGACAACAGUACUAUGAGAUAGAUGCUCAUGGAUACCUCACCAACCCUUGGACUGAGAAGAGGGGUGGACAGGAAGGGGAGAUGGGGUUUGGAGUUAAAGGUACGAGCCAGAUGAUGGAUGCCGGCUCAAGGAAAAACAGAUGAAACUUUAUCUAUCGGUUGGAACUUUUUUUUCUCCUCCAGAGGUGUUUGAUUGAUAUCUGUUCAAUGAACUCGUCUCCUCCCUCUUUCGCUCUCUCUCUUUCAUCAGUGAGAUGUCCAUGUUCUCUUCUUUCCAUGACGAUUGGGUGAAAAUUGAAGCUGAGGAAUUGGUAUACAUUUUGUGGAGGAUUACAAUGACUUCUGGGUAAUGGAGUUUAAUUAAGGCAUCUCCUUUUCUGAGACAUGUGGAUAUUCUUUGAGAGGACUACAGCAAUGACAGGACCCUUGAAAGACAUGCUAAUUCUGGGCUUGCAUGGAGCAUAGUCGCCCUCAUCCAUACACCCAAAGAAAAGCAAAAACAAGUACCAAAAUGUGAAUUUCGUGUGAGCAUUGUCGGAACAAUGAUGAACCUCCAAACAUUGAUGAAACUCCAAAAGUUAACGAUUGCGAAACAGGGCUAGCUUAGCUUAGAGGCUAAUGCUAACGCUCCUGUGAUUGACAACAGGGCUAGCAUAGCCCAGUGGCUAAUGGUAGUCUAAUGGUUUUGUCCUCCUGAAAAAAGACAAUGCUCAUUAUUAAGAUAAGCAGAUUGUAGAGUCCUUUCGAUGAGACUUUGUACAGAGUUGUUGUUUUUUAUUCACAUCUAUAAGGUAGCAUUGAUUACCAACUUUUUCUUUUAGCUUAACAUUUGAUAGGUGAAAGAAAAUCAAGGUUGCAUAUUUGAUGGGUUUUCUAGUUAUAAAACAUAUUGGAUCUGUAUGAAUGCAGAUGUGUCCCUCUGUGUGUGUUAGGGUGAGAUAUAAAGGCUAAUCUAGAAAUACUAGAACUAGCAAAAGGGCACCUAAUAAAUCAAUGUGAGAGCUAUAGUGAAGAGAUGUGGGGAGUGAAUGAGAACAUAUGCCGUACCAUAGAGGAAUAGGCCAUGUUCUCAUGAAUCACCCAUGAACCAAGGGCUUCAGAGAAGAUGCUCUCCUGUCCCUACUGGAUAGAUGCACCAUAUCCAAUGAGAGAUCGAGAUCGGACGCCAUCUUGGUUGGUGAAACACAAAGUAAAACAAAGUCCCGGUCAGUUUCACAAAAUGGAGUUCUUGUCUCUUGUCCCCCCCCCCCCUUGUUGACAUUUGUGCAGCGUUGUGUAUCGACGUUUUGAAGGAAAAUUCUAUACCUCAGGUGGAUUACAGAAAACACUGAAGUGGAUCUAUAAAAUAUUUUUUCCAACGCUCACACUCAGAUGGUCACAUAAAUACACAAGCGCACCCACACCGCAACCACAAAGAUGUCAAAGAUGUCCGCUUACCUGCAGUAUGUUUUGGUUUUUCUUGAAGACAGGAAGAGAUCAGAGAGGAACAAAUCUCUCACUCGAUCGCUCGUCGUCCAGCUUAUCCUCCUUUCAUUCUUUCUCAUUAUCCGUUAGAAUUAAAGGGGCACUCCACUAUUUUCUAAGCUCAUAUUCAAUAUCUCCAUAUGGACACUGGCAUGUUGCAGGAAGGACAGUAGGAAUAUCAGGUUAAAUAAGUAGCGAAGUGCCACUUUAAAAUACCCAGUUGGAAAAGACAGUUUAUUUAACAUGUUAUCCCCCUGAGUAUGAGAUAUGCAAUAUGUGAAGCAUACAGAUAUAUAUGACACAGGUAUAGGUAGGAGAUAGGCAAGAGGGUUCAAAUAUAUCACUAUUAUGUAUUACAGUAAAAUGUCAAUAGGCUCCAAUGAGAUUCAAAGGUCAUUCAAUUAUGAUGUGUUAGAAUGUCUGUGUAUUCCCAGAUGGUAGGAUCAGGAUGUCUUUUGUUCUUGUCUUUACCCCCGCCCGCUAAGUUGCAUGUUGUUAUUCUUUUGUGAAAUGACAUUUUAGAGUCAUAAAAGUGGAUUAGCUUCUCAACCUCGGCGGAUUCUUGUUUCUUUAACAUGGCGACUCGUCUCAUUUACAGGACGCGUCAUCGUUCAUCUGAAUGUCGGACCCUUUUCAUCUUCCCAUGUUAACCGUUGACCCUUUUCAUCUUCCCAUGUUAACCUUUGAUCCUUUUCAUCUUCCCAUGUUAACCUUUGAACCUUUUCUUGAGGCACCCAAAGUCUCA